AUGGCUGCUUGUGCUCCCUCCACAUUCUCACCAUCUCUGUUUGGUGCAGAGGUGCUUUCGUUACAAGCCUCGUUGGUCACCAAUUACAGUGCAUCAGUGUCAUCAGCGUUCAGAUUUACUCAGCCUUCCGUCGAGCUUAGAAACGCUACUUUCUGUAACGUCACUGUCACAUACACCCACCCCGGCCAGAACGACAACAUUGCGGUCGAGGCAUGGCUUCCAACCGCCGACAAGUGGAAUGAGCGCUUGUUGGCCGUCGGCGGAGGCGGAUGGGCAGCCGGGCGGUUCUUCGUUUCCUACGAAAACAUGAAAGGCGCGGUCGCAGACGGAUACGCUACCUUCACUACUGACGCUGGAUUGGAUAGCUCCAUAUUCCCAACUAAUUGGGCUCUGAACAGUCCUGGAAACGUUAACAUGUACAAUCUGAAGAACCUUGCAUGGGUGUCUUUAAAUGACGAGGCGAUCAUAGGGAAAUCACUCAUUAAAAGUUUCUAUGGGAGAGGUCCAACUUAUUCAUACUGGAACGGCUGUAGCCAGGGUGGCCGACAAGGCCUGAUGUUAGCGCAGAGGUUUCCAACAGCUUAUGAUGGCAUAUCAGCCGGUGCCCCAGCUCUUCAUUGGUCGGAGUCCUUCACCGCAGCUCUUUGGCCACAGCAGCUCAUGAAUUCUCUUGGAGAGUAUCCUUACGGCUGUGAGAUCCAAGCAAUAACCGCGGCCGCUAUCUCAGCUUGUGACGGACUCGAUGGCGUCUUGGAUGGGAUCAUUGGCGAGGCUGAUCUAUGUCUCAAGCAGUUCGAUCCUUUCAAGGUUGUGGGCACCACGAUCACCUGCGCCGAAAAGUCAAACAGCACGGUCCAGAUCAGCAACACCGCCGCCAAGGUCGUGAAUGCUACAUGGCACGGUCCUGUGACAGCCGAAGGCAAAAAAUGGUGGUACGGCUACAAUCCGGGGGCAAACCUCGUAGACAACAAUGGUCUCCCAGGAGUCGCAGCAACGAAUUGUACCGCACAAGACUGUGUUGGAAGCCCCAAUAUGUUGGCUUUGCCAUGGCUAAAGCUUUUCGUAGCCGCGAAACCUGACUUGAAUUUUUCAAAUCUCACACAGCGCGAGUUCGAUGAUCUCAUGCAUUCCAGUAAUCAGCAAUACAGAUCCAUUCUCGAUACUGACGACCCCGAUCUUUCAGAAUUCCGAAAAGCGGGUGGAAAAUUGGUUAGCUUCCACGGUCUUACUGAUGAGUUCAUUCCCACGAAAGGUAGCGAGCAGUACUACAAUGCAGUCGGCAAAGCUGUGCCUGGCAUAGAAGAGUUCUACCGCUAUUACCAGCUGCCGGGCUAUGAACAUUGCUUUGGAGGCUCCAGCAGCCCACCUACUUCCUUGUUCAGCCAACUGCGUGCCUGGGUGGAGAACGGCACUGUUCCCGGCUCGACUCUGGUACAAAUCACCAACCUGAAUGGAACGACACAGCGUCGCAUAGUAUGUCCGUAUCCGCAAAAGACACAGUUCAAUGCGUCUUGCGGUAACGUUUCCAACGUCGACUGCUGGUUGUGUAUUCGCGCAACAAGCCUUGAGCAUUAG